CAGACGAAGAUGUCGACGAAGGGCGUCGUCGUGAAAGUGGCGCCGAGGAACAGAUUACUGAAGAGAUUGCAGAUGAGGUCAACGCCAGCGAUGAUGAUGACGACAAUAAUAAUUAUACCUCUGUUGACGUCGAAGUCAACCAAGGACCUGGAAAAGAAGAGAUGGGUCUGUCACGUGGGGCGGGUCGUGCUGCCAAACUUAUGGGCGUUCGACUACCCUUGGCCAAUUUAAUUAGUAAAACUAAACGUGGGGACCCCCAGAAAGCUGUAUCAGUUCCGAAACCAGCACCCAAGAAAGCGAACCAUUCCGUCGUAUUUGAAACCACUGCCGACGUGGAGAUCGUGAACGAACAAGACAACA